AUGGCGAGCGCUGAUCAUACUAGAGAUCCCUGCCCUUAUGUUGUUUUAAACGACUUUGGUGCUGCCUUUUCCAUGGGUACUAUUGGUGGUGCUAUUUGGCACUCUAUUAAAGGAUGGAGAAAUAGUCCAGCGGGAGAAAAGCGCAUUUCUGCUAUCACAGCUGCUAAAACUAGAGCACCUGUAUUGGGUGGUAACUUCGGUGUUUGGGGUGGUUUAUUCAGUACGUUUGAUUGUGCCGUGAAGGGAGUCCGUAGGAAGGAAGAUCCUUACAAUGCCAUUAUUGCCGGUUUUUUCACUGGUGGUGCUUUGGCUAUUCGAGGUGGCUGGAGAGCCACCCGUAACGGUGCUAUUGGAUGUGCUUGUAUUUUGGCCGUUUUUGAAGGUUUGGGUAUUGCUUUGAAUCGUAUGCAAGCAGAGGCAAAUCGCCCCGUUGCUCCAGUCCUCCCGGAACCCGCUUCCUCGUCUUCUUCCGCUCCUGCUGGUGCUGCUAUUUAA